UGCUUUUUGUUUUUGUUUUCCAUUAAAAAAAUGAACUCUAAUUCUAGUGGAAGAAGAGAUGAAUCAGCAGGGACGGCGUGUGUUUCUUGUGAUGUGUUUCUUAGGAUUUUGGCCUUUGUUCUCACCCUUGUUGCUAUUAUAUUUAUUGCGAUGGGUAAUCAAAACAAGGUUGUUCCCUUCAAGCUUUCUGAUUCUUUGCCACCUAUAUAUGUUCCUGUUUCUGCUAAGUGGCAUUACCUCUCUGCCUAUGUCUACUUUAUGGUGGCAAAUGCAAUAGCAUGCAUAUAUGGACUCAUCUCUAUGCUACUUACCCUCCUAAAUAGAGGUAAAAACAAGGUGUUAUUAGGAACAUUACUCACCGUCUUUGAUGCAUUGAUGGUGGCUUUGCUAUUUUCCGGCAUCGGUGCGGCCGCCACAGUCGGUCUCAUUGGCUACAAAGGAAACUCUCACGUGAGAUGGGAUAAAGUGUGUAAUGUCUUUAAUAAAUUUUGUCAUACAAUGGUAAUUUCCGUUAUUUUGUCUUUCCUUGGAUCAUUAUCAUUCCUCUUGCUAGUGGUACUUCUUCCCGUCUUCAGGCUUCAUCGGAGAACCUAGUCAACAAUUAAACCAUAAUGUUAUUUUUCUGCAAUGUUGUAAUAUGUGUUACAAUGCUUUUGCCACAAUGAGACCUCGUCUCAAACUCAUCUUUGGUAAAAAUAUCUUAUUUAAAUAAUAAAUAGUGAUUAUAUUUGAACAUAAUUUA